AGACGUUAGUUUUCUCUCCGCUUAAAAUUAACGCAGACUCAUUGUUGAUCUUAAAAUAACACGUGUACUGCAGCAUCAGUGUGGAUUAAAGUAGAUUCACAUAUUCAUUAACUCAGUAUCACACAGAAUGACGAACCCACCAGUUUAGACGAAGUACAAAAAAAAACUGUCAAAAUGUUUACUGAAAGCAUAACAGUUAAAAGUGGUAGCCAUAAUGUAGUAGUAGAGAAAGAAAAAGACUGGUUUCAAAUUCUCGCAAUUUUUUUAGCAUGCAUCUCAGCACUGACUGCUGGCAUGUUGUUCUCAUGGUCAUCGCCUUCAAUUCCAAAGAUCGUAGAAGACAAAGUUAACUACAACAUAACACUUGAUGAAGCUUCAUAUUUUACGGUUUUACCCCCCAUAGGUGCUAUUGUUUCGUCAUUCCUUUUUGCAGUACUAAGUGAUUCUAUUGGACGAAAAAAUACUCUUUUGUUAGUCGCCAUUCCACACAUAGUUUCUCUAAUUCUCAUAUCGACAGCGACAUCUGUUUACGUAUUCUAUGUAGCCAGAUUUAUUACAGGCUUUGGUGAUUCAUGUCUCUUCUCCUCUCUACCUGUGUAUGUAGGAGAAAUUGCCACCCCAAAAGUCCGAGGACUAUGGGGCAAUCUCAUGACUUUCCUAAUAUACUUUGGUCAAGUCUUGAUAAACAUCAUAGGCAGUUAUACCUCGAUUCCUACGGCUGCCUAUAUUUGCCUAUUAUUCCCCACACUAUUCUUCUGCACUUUCAUCUUUAUGCCAGAAUCGCCGUACUUUUAUCUGAUGAAAGGUCGAACGAACGAUGCUCGCAUUUCACUACAAAGACUUCUCAGAAAACAAAAUGUUGAAAACGAGUUGGACAAGCUCAAAGCUGACGUUGAUCGCCAAAUGUCAGAAUCCGGAAACUGGAAAGACGUUUUCAUGAUAGACAGCAACAGAAAAGCGGUUUACGCAGGAAUCUUCUUGCGAGCAUCUCAACAAUUAGGUGGAAUUUCAUCUUUCGCUGUUUAUACACAAUACAUCUUUUUGAAAUCCGGUGGAGACGUUUCAGCCAGUACAUCUGCGAUUAUUUUCAUGGGUUUAUGUACUGUUUUAAACCUUUGCGCAGGAGUAACUUUAGACAAAAUAGGUCGAAGAAGAUCCUACUUUUUGUCGUUGCUGAUGUGUGGUAUCGUCUUAAUGUGCGAAGCGAUUUAUUUCUUCCUCGAUCAGUUCUAUGGCACCGAAGUUAAUGUACAAAUCGUUAAUUGGAUACCUCUGGCAGGAAUGAUUUUAUAUGUGUUCUUCUACUCAUUCGGUCUUGGAAUAGUCCCGACACUAAUGUUGGGUGAACUUUUUUCAGCCAGUAUUAAAGCAAAAGGUUUAAUAUUGUUGAAUGUUGUGUUUGGAGUUUUAGUAUGUUGUACCACCAAACUUUUCCACUUGCUUGAUACAAACUUUGGUUUGUUUUCUCCGUUUUUAUUUUUUUCUGUUAGUUGCUUUAUAUCAACCGUGCUGGCCUUAUUUUUUGUUCCCGAAACAAAAGGCAAAACAUUAGAAGAAAUUCAGCAGUCUUUAAAAAGCAACAAAUCGAAAGACAACAAAAGUGGUGUUUAACUAACUACUAAAAUAAAAUAUAUUUUUAAUAAUGCAGCUAUUUUCUUGAUUUUUAUGAGUUUUAAUUAAAUAAAUAUAUUAUAUAUGUA